CUCGGCUGACUCGUGCUCGGCAGAGUGUGCGCAGUGCAGCGUGAGCUCCCACAGUGUGUCCGGCCGCCGUGACUCAUCCGCCGCCGCCUCCUCCUCCCGCUCUCCCCACACAGCCAGCCGCGGCCAUGGCGGACAGCGCUAGCGAGAGCGACACGGACGGAGCCGGCAACAGCUCGGCCGCUAUGCAGACCUCAUCAUCGGCCACCUCUUCUUCCGGGAAGUCGGGCAUCGUCAUUUCGCCGUUCCGCCUGGAGGAGCUGACGAACCGCCUGGCCUCGCUGCAGCAGGAGAACAAGGUGCUGAAGAUCGAGCUGGAGACCUACAAGUUGAAGUGCAAGGCGCUGCAGGAGGAGAAUCGGGAUCUGCGCAAAGCCAGCGUCACCAUUCAAGCGAGGGCUGAGCAAGAAGAAGAAUUCAUCAGCAACACAUUGUUUAAGAAGAUCCAGGCCUUGCAGAAAGAGAAGGAAACACUUGCCGUCAACUAUGAGAAAGAAGAGGAAUUCCUCACUAAUGAGUUGUCACGGAAGCUCAUGCAGUUGCAGCAUGAAAAAGCGGAGCUUGAACAACACCUUGAGCAAGAACAAGAGUUUCAAGUUAACAAACUAAUGAAGAAAAUAAAGAAACUGGAAAACGACACCAUCUCCAAACAACUAACACUAGAACAGGUACAACAUGAGCUAAGACGUGAAAAAAUUGACUUAGAAAACACCUUGGAACAAGAGCAAGAAGCGCUAGUUAAUCGGCUCUGGAAGAGGAUGGACAAACUUGAAGCUGAGAAGAGAAUUUUACAGGAGAAAUUAGACCAGCCUGUGUCUGCACCACCGUCACCGCGCGACAUAUCUAUGGAUAUAGAUUCUCCAGAAAACAUGAUGAGACACAUACGCUUCCUAAAGAAUGAAGUAGAAAGGUUGAAGAAACAGCUAAGAGCCGCUCAGCUACAGCACACUGAGAAAAUGGCCCAGUAUUUGGAGGAGGAACGUCAUAUGAGGGAGGAGAACUUGCGGCUUCAAAGGAAACUACAGAGAGAAAUGGAGAGACGAGAAGCUCUGUGCAGACAGCUGUCAGAAAGCGAAUCCAGCUUAGAAAUGGACGAUGAGAGGUAUUUUAAUGAGAUGUCUGCGCAAGGAUUGCGACCACGCACUGUGUCCAGCCCAAUUCCCUACACACCAUCCCCAAGUUCCAGCCGACCGAUUUCCCCAGGCUUGUCCUAUGCAAGUCAUAAUGUGGGGUUCACACCACCUACCUCCCUCACUAGAGCUGGAAUGUCCUACUUCAACUCUCCAGGUUUACACGUGCAGCACAUGGGUUCCUCCCACGGAAUCACGAGACCCUCCCCACGAAGGAGCAACAGCCCAGACAAGUUUAAGCGUCCCACUCCUCCUCCAUCACCGAACACCCAGACUCCAGUGCAGCCUCCGCCACCUCCGCCUCCACCAGCACAACCUGCAGUCCAGUCAACUGCGUCUCAGUCCUCCACUUCCCACAACUCAGUGCACCCUCCCCCUCACCCCUAGUGCAUGUCCUCUGUAGGCUCUGCAUCUUGAGUUGGACUCAUAACAUGGAACAGUUUACUCAAAGCCAAAGGCUUACCUGUCAUAUUCGGAUUUGACUUUAUUUGCACUGAGGUUACAUAGGCUUCACUGUCUAAUUGUGUUGUAAAUGUUUGUCUCCGAAUACAGCCAGUGUCGUGGGUAUUACAGCGUUAACAUCCCCACAUGAUUCCCCCACUUAAUGUUUACGGAAGGCAACAUGUACGUUAAUACUUUGGCUGGGACAUUUGCUGCUCUGUAAUGAGCGGGACAACCUUACUUACUGCUCUAUCAUGCUGCUCAAAUGCUGUUUCUUUUAGGCUUAUAUAAUAAAAGGGAUCCUUUUUUUUUUUCGUGGAGUGUGCAUAAGCGUUCUAAAGCAUGAUGGGUUGAACUUCAUUAGCUUUCAAUAGUAUCCCAUACAUAAAAUAAAUCACUACAUAAUCUUAAACUCCAGCUGCUGGUGAGUGCACAUCGCAUAAGCCCCAUCUGCGUUACACAGUAGACACAUGUAAUGGAAACCAGUAACUUCGUUUUGUGUAUACCAGAGCAGUAAUCUGAUGUAACGGCAUGUUGUAUUGCAGAUAAGUCUAUGAAAGCAGAAUGCUAAAUGUAGAAAUCAUGUGCUAGUAAGGACGCCUUUCGGCAAUACAGAGGGUGGUUAAAGUUAUUCAGUGCCUGUAACUCACACACAUAUUUUAUAGCUAGCUAUACAUAGACCCAACAUGCGUUCUCUGUCCAUUGCGCAUAGACCGUAACUGAUGCAAAGUCACAAAACCAAAUUCUCAUCCAUUAAUGACAUGGUAGUGAAAUGUGGAAAUAUCCUUGUUUAAAUAUGUGGAAUGUAUUGUAAAUGGAUCUUAAGAUUUAAUUGUAUCCGUUUUAGGUAAAUCUAGUUAGUGCUCCGCAAAUCUAUUUCUAUGACUUACAGUAUUUAGACUUUUUUUUUUUUUUUUUUUUUAGAAGGUGUAUAUAAUUGGCUGCACAAGCUCUGUAAAAUAUACACUUACACUUUUUUUUCCUUUUGGUUAUGUUUGUUUUAUUUUGCAAAGUAUUUUAAGAAUCCACAAUAAAAUCAAACUAAACAUACCCAUGUGAUUUACAUAAGAAAUUUUAGCAAUUUAAUGGCAGCACAGAUCAUUUUUUGUAUUGCUUACUAGAAGCAGGACAGAUUACAGAGAGAAGUAGCACAGCUUUGGCACUAAUGAUUGCUUGAUUAGAAUUCUGUAAACCGGUACAAUGUAUAAAGAAAUUAUUUUCUGAGUUUUUUUGUUUUUUUUUCAUUUAGCACAAAUAAAAUGUUUGGUUUCA